AUGACUUUGUGUCCAACAAGGAUCAAGCAAAGCCUGGACCAACAGCUGGGCCUACCACCCCUCCAAAUCAACAAGGGGUCCAAGCCAACACUCCAAGAAUGGUUAGGCCUGGCCUUGCAGACCCCUUCCAGCCCAUCAGAAGAUCCAGAACCUACAACUCAGACACAGAGGAUGAGCAGCCAAGAAGGAUCAAGAAGGAGCCUUGCACAAUGUCUAGGGAUGGAACUCCCCAAUCCUUACAAGGGGGACACAAGGGGAUGGAAGGCCACACAAUGGCUAGACAGGAUGCUCCUCUGGGUGGCCCUACAUUGCCACCAAUUUGACAAGGAAGAGCAGAUGGUAAACAUCAUUAAGGGAAAAGGGUCUACCCUCAAGACCAUCCAAGCCCUGGGAGCUCAAUUUAAGGAAGCCUUUGCUAAUCCAGAUGCCAAGCAAGCUGCAGCAUCAGAAUUAGAUUGGAACAAGGAGGCAUAUAUUGCCCAGUUCACACAUGGCCUUCAUCAGAUAGUUAAGGAACUCCUAUCCACAAAAGACAACAUCCCCAAGGAACUGGAGACUGUUUUUGCUGCUGAAACCCUGGGCACUUCAACCACUUCCACAUCCACUACUACCACUCAUCAGGUCCACCUAUUGGAGGACCCCAACUAUGUCACCCUGGAGGAAAGGGAUUGCCAAUGGGCAUCAGGCCUAUGUGUCAAAUGUGGUCAGAAGAGCCAUGGGAUCAAGCAAUGCCCUUACAGAUGGAAGGCCACCAUCAAGGAGACCACCAAGGUGGCUGAGGACAAGUUGGGAAAAGAAUAA